AGAGAGCGAGUGAGUGAGUGGCGGCGGCGGCGGCGCCGUUACGGAGCUGACGGAGCGCGCUGGAGACGAAGGGAUCUAUCUGCAUGAGAAGUCAAGAAGGAAGGAAAUAGCAGAGGAGAAUAAUUGGAAUGCUCCCAUAAGCCUCUCUUCUAAGGUGGAACGCUACUUUUGUUAAAUACAGACAAGCUUAUGUUGAGUAUGAGUCUUGUUAUGAUUAGCGAGAAUGUAAAACUGGCCCGUGAAUACGCGCUGCUGGGAAACUAUGAUUCUGCAAUGGUCUACUACCAAGGAGUACUCGACCAAAUGAAUAAAUACCUCUACUCUGUCAAAGAUACAUAUCUGCAACAGAAAUGGCAACAGGUUUGGCAGGAGAUAAGUGUGGAAGCUAAGCACGUGAAGGAUAUAAUGAAAACACUGGAAAGCUUUAAAUUAGAUUGCACUCCCUUGAAAGCAGCACAGCAAGAAUUACCAGCUCGUGAUGGAGAAGUGUGGUCCUUGCCUGUGCCAGCUGAACGUAGACCUUCUCCAGGAGCCAGAAAACGUCAGUCUGUUCAGUGCAAUGAUUGCAGAGGCCACAAUAACCGUGUAAGUGCAGCUGUCAGAGGCCCUCACCGGCCCGCCUCUCGAAAUCCUAAUGAUAAAGGGAAAGCAGUCCGUGGCCGAGAAAGGAAGGAUCAGCAGAAUAAAGGAAGAGAGGAAAAGAACAAGUCGUCAUCUGAUGUUUCAGAAUCUGAGCCAAAGAGGUUUGACGGUACUGGGUAUGAUAAAGACUUAGUAGAAGCUUUGGAAAAAGAUAUUAUUUCUCAAAAUCCCAAUGUUCGAUGGGAUGAUAUAGCUGACUUAGUUGAUGCCAAAAAAUUGCUCAAAGAAGCUGUAGUCUUACCAAUGUGGAUGCCAGAAUUCUUUAAGGGAAUUAGAAGACCGUGGAAGGGUGUGCUGAUGGUUGGUCCACCUGGUACUGGAAAGACUCUCCUUGCAAAAGCUGUAGCUACUGAAUGCAAAACAACAUUUUUCAACAUCUCUUCAUCAACACUUACUUCAAAAUACAGAGGAGAAUCUGAGAAACUUGUCCGCCUGCUGUUUGAAAUGGCUCGAUUUUAUGCACCAACAACUAUAUUUAUUGAUGAGAUAGACUCUAUCUGUAGUCGCAGAGGAACCUCGGAGGAGCAUGAAGCCAGCCGACGGGUAAAAGCAGAACUACUUGUUCAGAUGGAUGGCGUUGGAGGGGCUGCUGAAAAUGAUGAUCCUUCCAAAAUGGUUAUGGUACUUGCUGCUACUAAUUUUCCUUGGGAUAUUGAUGAGGCCCUAAGACGACGACUAGAAAAGAGAAUUUACAUUCCUUUACCAUCAGCAAAAGGCAGAGAAGAACUCUUACGGAUAAACCUGCGGGAGUUGGAGCUGGCUGAUGAUGUUGACCUUGCAAAUAUAGCUGAAAAAAUGGAAGGUUAUUCUGGUGCAGACAUUACCAAUGUAUGCAGGGAUGCAUCACUGAUGGCUAUGAGAAGGCGAAUUGAGGGCUUGACACCAGAAGAAAUCAGAAAUCUUUCCAGGGAUGAAAUGCACAUGCCUACAACUAUGGAGGAUUUUGAAAUGGCUUUAAAAAAGGUUUCUAAAUCGGUAUCUGCUGCGGACAUUGAGAAAUAUGAAAAAUGGAUUGUUGAAUUUGGAUCAUGCUAAGUCUUCCUAACCAAACUUCCCCAGAAAACCUGUCUUAAAACAGCUUCAGAAGUAAUGAAAGGUAGCGUUCAUGUGCACUAAGUGCUAUUUUUUUAACUUUCUUAAACUUAAGAGCAACAUGAUUCUGAAUAAAGUAAUUUUUUAAAUUGCAUGUCACUUCUGCCUCUUAUUUGAAUUUACUCAGAACAAGUCUCCCUUUAUCUAUGUCCCUUUUAAAGAUAUAAAUGUCAUCAAUCAAAUGUUUUGGUUUUUGUUUUGUUUUAAUUGAAUAUUGGGAUUUGUUCACCAGGGGGAUCUCCUAUGAACUCUUUCACUAGUCCAGAAGCUGGUCAUCUUUGUGCUUGUUAGUUCCUGAUACUGUGAAUCUCAACACAAGAAGAAGAUGAUUCACUAAACAGUGGUGCCCAUUCAUCUUUAGCAAAUUUUGCCAUCUAAAUGUUCCUGCAUCUGUUAAAAGAAAUUGUGACAAGACUAAGGUGCAAAAACUCUGAAACUUGUAACCCUUAAUAAAUUAAACUUGAGAUGCAUUGGGAAAAGCAUUUCCUUAGAUAUGCUGUACAACUCUGAUUAAUACCAGACUAUUUUGCCAGCACUGCUGCUGGGUCAGGGUUGCAGUCU